GUCUGAAUAAAAAUCAUGAAAUGUGUCACAAUCUGAUAGUGAAAAAUGUAUUUAGUGGCGUAAACCAAUUUAUAAUCUUUCUUUCUCACUAUUUUUCGAGAAGCUUAUUCGACCAUUGAAAGUUGAAAGAUGGGUAUCACAGGUUUGCUGCCCUUCCUGAAGAAGGCUUCUCGCCCCAUCAAUAUGAGGGAAUACAAGGGUUGUACUGUGGCGGUCGACACUUACUGUUGGUUGCACAAAGGAGCAUUUAGCUGCGCUGGGAAGUUAGCAAUGGGGGAGAAGACUGACAGUUAUGUAUACUACUGUAUGAAGUUUGUCAACAUGCUGCUGGCUAAUGAUAUCAAACCUGUGAUGGUGUUUGAUGGGUGUAAUUUGCCAUCCAAGGCUGGUGUGGAAAAAGACAGAAGAGAGAGAAGACAACAGUUCAGAAAGAAGGCUGCUCAGUUCUUACGAGAGGGGAAGAAAAAGGAAGCAUUUGAAUGUUUUCAGAGAUGUGUUGACAUCACGUCAGAAAUGGCAUUGGAACUCAUGAAGGCCUGCCGAGCCAAAGGAGUUGACUGUAUUGUAGCCCCCUACGAGGCUGACGCCCAGCUUGCUUACCUCAACAAGAUCGGCAUAGCAGAUAUCAUCAUAACAGAAGAUUCUGAUCUGCUACUCUUUGGCUGUGAGAGGGUGGUCUACAAGUUGGACAACAUGGGUAACGGCAUCAUGAUUGAGAAAAAUAAACUGAGCGUGUCCACCAACAUGCGUAACUACAGCUUUGACCGGUUCAGGCACAUGUGUAUCCUGUCCGGUUGUGACUAUCUGCCAAGUUUGCCGGGUAUUGGUCUUGGCAAGGCCAGCAAACUCAUGAAAGUAUCAUCAAACCCGGAUGUCACUCAGACCUUGCGCAAAAUCCCAACCCUACUAAAGAUGAAUGUACGAGUGACGGAUGACUACGUCGAUGGCUUUGUCAAAGCAAAUAACACCUUUCUCUACCAGCUUGUGUUUGACCCCCUCAAGAAGAAGGUCAUCCCUCUUAAUCCUUACCCUGAUGGUUUGAGGAAAGAAGAACUCAGUUAUGCGGGAACUUAUCUGCCCAAUGAUCAGGCUUAUCAAAUGGCCCUGGGUAACCUCGAUGUAAAGCACAAGAAAAUCCUGGAUUACUUCAACCCAGACACAUACAAGCCUCCUCCAAAGAAAGCAAAGAAUUGGAGUUCCACCACUUCAGAUAAGCCCUUGCCACCCCACCGCCUUAGUAUCUGGACAAAAUCGUACAAACCCCACCAGCACAAUAUGGCUGUUGACCCUACAGAAGUAGAAAGGUCAUCAACAAUAGGUCAAGAGGUCAGCAUCAAGAUGAAGAGUCCUUUGAAGAGAGCUAGAGAAGCUGUUGUAUGCCAAGAUGACAAGGAGGACUCCGAGCUUGCCUCCAUGUAUGAAGGUGCCCCAUCUCCAAAGAGGUUAAAGCUGGACAAGGAAGCAUGUAACAACAACGACCGACAGGACGACCCUGACCCCUAUGCCGGCUUACUCCGCGCGAUAGAUCAGGAGGAUACAGACUACGAGAAUCUGAUGGAGGUGAAUGAUGAAGAGGAACAGGAAAAUCUUGCACCGGGUUUGAUGGUAGAGAAAUCACCGGAGAAGUCGAGGAAACUACCGAGGAAUAUCUUUGCGGUUAAAAAGGAUACAAGUAAAGGAAGGUUUAUUCUGGAUCGGCCGAAGGAAAACGUUGAAGUGAGAAGCAGGUUUUUCUCAGACAAACCUUUGACCAACAGGAAGCCAAAGACAUCGUUCCUUGAUUGUAUGGACUGUCAUGAAGUGAUUAGUGCAGAGGAAGACUCGAAUAAAUCUGACAAACAUCGUUUGGACGUAACACUGAAAAAAUUUGUUUCACCAAAACAUGAAAAAGACGUGAAACCUAUCUCCCCUGUUCAUUGUGAUGACACCAAAUCUGAGGAAAUGCCUGAGAUUCCUGUGGGACUUCCCGAUUUAGGAUCAAGUCCGCAACUGAAGAAGACUGUGACACAUGCAUUUUCUUGGGAAAAAUUCAAAAGUAAAUUCUCAAAAGGUUCCAGCAUCAGCAAGCAGACGACGGAGAAAUCUGGUGUCAACACCGAGUUCAAACCGGUCACUCCCAAAGUGACCACACUGCUUACUAAUUUCAAACAUCAAACUGAUAAGAAUUCCAAGGAUGAAUGUGAUAAGAAGUCCAAGGAUGAAUGUGAUCCGUGUUCAGAAAAGGUCUCGGAUGUAAUCAGUGGUGCUAUGCUCAAAAGCCCGGAGCUUUCCCUUCCAAAGACGUCUAAAAAAGGUUCUAAAAGUGACUUGAGGACAAUGUUUCAGUCUGUAGCAAAGCCUGUUGACAAUUCUGUGGACAGUGACAGUGAUUGUUGUGAAAUUGACUCUAAGGAGAGCGACUGCAAGGAAUAUGAUUAUAAGGAGUAUUUGCAGCUGUCGGGAGCAGAGCCGUCACCAUUGCCAUCACAAACAUCAUUGCCAUCACAAACAUCAUUGCCAUCACAAACAUCAUUGCCAUCACAAACAUCAUUGCCAUCUCAAACAUCAGUGGAUAUCGAUCCAUCACAGUGCUCUGUCAGUAUGUACAGCAUUGACGCAGACAGUGUCAAUUUCACCCAAAGCUCCAUCCUUGAGGAAGAGGAGGAUUCGUCAGGCAAAGUUGGGGCUGUAAUAGACCUGGAUGAAGACAGCAAUGAUUUAAAGAUUGUUUCAGUAACACAGGCUACAAAAGCACCAGCGUCAAAGUUCAUGGCCAAGAGACAGACAACUCCUGCUAACUCCCAAGGGAAAUCUAAGCUGAUGAAGGGAUGUCGGCGUUCGGGUCUAUCGAAGUCUAAAGGACGCAGCCAGACGAUCAAGAAGAAUAUUGAGAACGAUCAUGCACAGAAAAACAUCACUAACUUUUUCUCUCAGUUCAAACACAACAAGAGUGUUGAGAAGCUUCCAACAGAGAAGAUGGUGCUGUCACCGAGCAAGAUUAACAUUCCUACCUCCAUGACACCAGAGAUGGAGAAGAGCUGUGAUAUAGUCAAGGUGCAGAGACGUCUGCUUGUGUGAUACAUGGAUCUGGCAGGCGUUACAUUGACUGUGUGUGAUUCUGUGACAGUUGGACAGCAAUGGACUUAUAUGAUUUUUUCAUGCUUGACAGUUUAUUGGGGAAGAAGUCUUUGAGUUUUGCAUGCCAUCAGGCCAAUAUGAAUUCUCUUCGCUGUACAUGUAGUGUGCUGUUUCUGCCAAGUGGGCCUAUAACUUGACACUUUAGACUGGCAGCUGGGGCAGAUCGUACAAUUUGUACUUUCCUCUGCAGUACACAUUGGACUGUAGUACAUUUGAAUGAAUUUAAGUUGUCAUUUUAGUUCAGGCUACAGCCUUCAGCCUUCUCUAUUUGUUAGAGAUGGAAUGAAAUGAGUGAAUCAAAGUCUUCAUGUGUUGUUGAUGCUGGAUGAUUAAUAUUCUUUUGACUAAAAAUGUUUUAUCACUUUAUCUGACAAGCAUUUGCUGUGCAUUGCAUU